GACACAGUCGGUCCGGUUGUUUCCGACUUGUCAAACAUCGGGAAAGACACGUCCGCGAUCGGUCAGUGCGAAGAAAUCUGUCGGGCCAGGAUGCACGCGCCGAGAUCGUCCGUCGCGAUUCUCCUAUUAUGUCAUAUUUCGAUCACCGCGACCUACCCGACGACGACGAUGACGAUAACAGCAACGAUUGUACACGAAACAAACACGCCGACAAAGUGCUGCAUUGCCGAUUACGCAUUCGAUGAAAAUCUCGAAUGCGUCCACGUGGAACCGAAUAAGUUCAACUACUCCACGCACGACUCCUGGCAAACAAUGUCGUCCGAACAUCUCCAACAGAUCACUACGGUGCUGGCGUCGGUGCCUGGCUUGAGCUGUCAUGACAAGGACGCCGACACGAGCCGUCAUCUCCUGCGCGGCUACGCGACGUUUCUCACAUCGAAGGAUUAUUGCAUCGAGCACAUGAUCAACGGUACGACAGUGCUCGUCAAGUGUGCGGAAAUGACUUUAAAGAAGGAAAACUGGAAAACUGAAAUGAUAAUGAUGACGAAAACUACGAUGAUCAUCACCGUAACAACCAUCACCACCAUCACUACCAUCGACAUGGCUUCGAAUGUAACGAGGGACGACAGAGAGGAGAUCGUUCGUCAUAGUAACGACCUGAGAAUGGUCUUUUUUUGGGGCGCGCAGACUUAUAUGGAUACCAACGUGGCCCAUGUAAUCCUCUGCACCAUCGUCGUCGUGGUAUACCUGUCCGUUCCGAAACUGGGCAAGAGUAUUUAUAAUCGCGCGGUGCUGCGUCACAAUGUCUGUCUGUUACUGCAGGGAUGCAUUCUGAUGUUCCUCGGCUUCUGCGAAUUAUGCGAGUGUCCGAUGAGCGAUGACUUCGCUACAUUUCUAUGGAUAAUGUUGCAGUAUUUCACAAACGCCACCGUGUUUUGGCUCAACGUCAUCUGCUUCGACAUGACUCUGUCAAUUACGCGAUUUCGCUGGAUGGUGGGAUCCGGUCAGCAGACCAGCCAGGAAGAAAAUAGGCGACUUCUUAUGUACGGCGUUCUUGCCUGGGGAGGCGCACUCAUCCCUGCCAUCUUUGCCUUCAUCCUGGAAUUUUAUCCCGGAAUCCCGGACGAUUUUCCAUUGAAGCCGAAUUAUCGCCAGUACCGUGACGGACCAAACUUUAUAGUAAACCUCUACUUCUUCGGCAUACCGUUGUUGACGCUCUUCUGGAAUAACGUGCUGUUCGUGUUCACCACGUACAAGAUCAUACGGAUACAACAGAGCACAGAGAUAGCGACGAGGAAUAACACCAACGCCCUCAAAAAGAAGUACUUCCUCUUCCUGCAGCUGUACCUGCUGAUGGGCGCGCCCUGGUUCUUCGGCCUGCUCCUCGCCUGCCUGAACAAGCUCGUGAUACUCAAGAUAUGCCGGAUGAUAUGGCCGAUACUGUGGCUCCUGAUGCUCGCCACCCACAAGAAAGUACGACGGAAGAUCGCGAACAAGUUGCGAUCCAUCAAGGAAAAACGAGAAGCCGCGACAAAUUCGUAAAGAGAACUAUUUACCUUGCGCGAUUAAAAUUCGUGUUUUGAAAAAAAUUAAAUACAAUACGUAAGCCAUGUAAACCGGCAUUGGUCGAUCGCGAUUGGUACACUGAGAAAAAUCGUUUG